AUGCCAGACGUGCAGGCCCUCGUUAAUAUGUUCCUCAAUAAGCUUAAGAAACGUAAAAUUGAGGGAUCUCAGGCAACAGCAAAGCAGACUGCUGAACUCCUGCGCUCAGUGAUUUCACAGCAACGGGUGCCUCGUACUAAUCAGGCUGGAGCCUUGAUUGAUGCUGUUAGAGCUAUCGGAGAGCAGCUUAUUGUUGCAAAUCCUAUUGAGCUUGCUGUGGGUAAUAUUGUGAGGCGUGUUUUGCACAUUAUUAGGGAAGAGGAUCUUUCAUUGACAACAGCUGCUGUUGCGGAGUUAAAUUUAUCAACAGUGAGUGAUGAUGAUGAUGAUGAUGGUGGUGGUGGUGACCAAGAUGAUCGUCCAGUUCUAUCAGCAGCGGCUGUUGCUGCUGCUGCAAGGAACACCCUUCGUCCACCAUCCUUGCAAAUGUUGCUGGAGGGUGCACCUGACUUUGUUGCCGUUCCUCGAUCAUCUUCUUCUGGCGGUGAUUCUGAAGGGAAAAGCAAAUCUAUGGAUAGAAAUUCAAGAACUCGAAAGCUGAAACAUGAUAUCAUUGAGGCAGUUAAUGAGCUCAUUCAAGAUAUCACAACGUGUCAUGAACUUAUUGCUGAGCAAGCUGUGGAGCAUAUUCAUCAAAAUGAGGUAAUAUUAACUUUAGGCAGUUCAAAAACAGUGUUAGAGUUCCUGUGUGCUGCAAAAGAGAAGAAAAGAUCAUUUCGUGUAUUUGUUGCCGAGGGAGCUCCAAGGUACCAGGGGCAUCUACUGGCAAAAGAAUUGGUUGCAAGGGGAUUGCAGACCACCUUGAUUACUGAUUCUGCAGUUUUCGCUAUGAUUUCUCGAGUGAACAUGGUUAUAGUGGGAUCUCACGCUGUGAUGGCCAAUGGUGGGGUCAUAGCACCUGUUGGAAUGAAUAUGGUUGCACUGGCAGCUCAAAAGCAUGCCGUCCCUUUUGUUGUGCUCGCUGGCAGUCACAAGUUGUGCCCCUUGUAUCCUCACAAUCCGGAGGUGUUACUGAAUGAACUGAGAUCCCCAUCGGAGCUGCUAGAUUUUGGAGAAUUUUCUGAUUGCUUAGAUUUUGGGAGCGGUGAUGGUUCUCCUCUCCUUCAUGUUGUCAACCCAACAUUUGAUUAUGUCCCACCAAAGGCAGUUAGUUUGUUUAUCACAGACACUGGUGGACAUAACCCUUCCUACAUGUAUCGGCUCAUUGCUGAUUAUUAUUCAGCUGAUGAUUUAGUGGUGCAAAGAAGGCACGCAGCAGGGAAUUGA